CCUUUGAGAAAAUGAGUUCAGUUUCCUUUCUUAAUCUCUCAAGAAACUCGUUCACGGGCUAUUUACCACCAACCCUGCCAUCAAAGCUGAAAUACUUGGAUAUUUCUGAUAAUAAAAUGGAGGGUCCUUUAGCAAGAAGCAUUACACAACUUAAGCAAUUAGUUGUCCUUAAUGUUUCUCGGAACUGUUUCAAUGACUCGAUUACAGAACAUUUCUUGAAUUUAACUCAUUUGAGAGUGUUAGACUUGUCAUCCAACUCAUUUAUUUUCAAUGUAAGCGCAACUUGGAUGCCUCGUUUUCAACUUGACUCUCUAAGCCUGCAGUCUUGCGGACUUGGUGCACAGUUUCCCCAGUGGAUUCAGACACAAAAAGAGUUGUCAUUUAUUGAUAUCUCUCGCACCAAUAUCUCAGGUGAAGUGCCUGAUUGGUUCUGGAAUUUUUCUGCCAAGGUUUAUCACAUAGACCUUUCAGGAAACAAUUUCAGUGGAGAAAUCCCUGAAUUUACAGAAAGUGUCAGUCUUACAAAAUUGAACCUGAGUGAUAACAAUUUUCAUGGUCCUUUGCCUCAUUUUUCACCCAAGAUGAUGACGUUGAUUUUGGCAAGGAAUUCGUUUAAUGGUACCAUUGCCCCUGUAUGUGAAUCACUUGUCAUGAAUAACUCUCUGAGUCUUCUAGACCUAUCUUCAAAUUUUCUAUCAGGACAACUUUCAGAUUGUUGGAGAUAUGGGAAGAAUCUGCAAGGAUUGAAUUUAGGCCAUAAUGAUCUAUCAGGGGAGAUACCUCGUUCCAUCGGAGAUCUUACUAACCUCUUCUUUUUGCAAUUGCAGAACAACAGUUUCUCCAAAAAUCUUCCUUCAUCAUUGAAGAACAUAACUGGACUAAAAAUUCUUGAUGUUUCUGAAAAUAGUUUAUCUGGGAAUAUACCAUUUUGGUUAGGGGAGAAUUUACAUGCUCUUGAGAUUCUUGUAUUAAGCAGAAACAACUAUGAUGGAAUUAUUCCCAGGGAGAUUUGCCAGCUUACUGAACUGAGGGUCUUGAAUUUAUCAAGUAACAAUUUCAGAGGAGUAAUUCCAUGUGACAUUCACAACUUGAAAAUUUUGGAGUCUCUAGAUCUUUCCAGCAAUCACCUGUCAGGCUCCUUUCCUCCCCGUAUGGGAGAACUUCCGUCUCUUGAGUUCGUGAAUUUUUCUUUCAAUGAUUUGACAGGAAAAAUUCCAGUUGGACCUCAAUUCCACACCUUUGAGAAUAGUUCUUAUGUUGGGAAUGCAAACUUGUGUGGAUUCCCAGUCUCACGAUUCUGCUCGGAUCAUUUACAUGAGGACAUGGUUCACUGUAGUAACAAUAAUCAGGAGGUUCAGGCCAUUGAACAUGAAGAAAACAACAACUGGCUCGAUGAAUUUUCGUUCUACAUUAGUAUGGGAAUUGGAUUCUAUACAGGUUUCUGGUUAUUUUGGGUUACUUUAACGUUGAAAGAGUCAUGGAGAUAUGCCUAUAUGAGGUUCCUGGAAAACAUGGGCAAUAAGAUUUAUGUCUUUGCUGCCAUCAGAUUGAAAAAUAUUCAAGCAGCAAAGGGGCUGAGAAAUUGCCCAAAUUAA